UAACCUAAGUACUAUUUCAAGAAACUCUUUUGCAGUUCAGGUAUCUACGAAUAUAUCUCUUGAAAAAUGCCAAAUUACUGGCGCUGCGCUACGAUUGGCGUGCUAGCACUCGGCGGGGUGGCCCUCGGGUAUUAUGGGUACAAGUACUGGUGCGGAGAUGAGGAAAAUGUUUCAAGCUCCGAUGGGGAGAAGCUCGCGGUAGCGGAGUCUAACCAGAUGUCAUCUGUUAAGAAGCAGCAAGUCGCCAGCGCGUUGGUAGAGACGGAGGCGUCACUUCUUAUCGCAAAGGACGACGACCAAAUCAGUGGUGAAGUCACUGAUGCUUGGGAAGGACUUUGCAACAAGAAGUGCGAUGCUGCCGCUGUUAAGCUGAAAAGCACUGAGGUCGCUGCCUUUGGAGAGGAAGUCCAGUCAUUUUCGGAGAAUGAAACUCUAUGUGUCUCCAUCAAGCCCGACUCUGAAGGCGAUAACGAGGAACAUACAAAUGGCAACAACAAUGCCGAAACUGUCGAGCACAAGAAUGCUGACAUGGCUUGUAGCCGGCCUGAGUUGACGAAAGCUGAGGACAAAUCUAUUGCAAAGCGUGAACCAGAAGUGACCGUCAACGCCAUCAACAUGGAGAAGCAACUCGAGGAGGACGAGCCAAUUGACGAGGAGGAAGAGUUCGCCAAGACAAUGGAAGCUAUGGCGUGCUUCGUGUUCUUUCAGGGAAGAAGUAUGGAAGAGAUCAGGCAGGCUGAGGUGGAGCUGGGCCCCCUGUGGCCGAUUGUCGUGGCGUUUAGGGAAAAGGUUCCUGAGGAUCACCCGAUGAGGAACCAAUUCAAAGGGUGAAGCGGCCGCUCUUACGCAGAUAGCAGACUUUGGAUUUCACUAUUUGGACUUUAUACUAUUAUACUAUGGUUAUCAAGACUUUUAACUUCUUUACUAUAAAUCUGAAUUUUCUCACUAAAUGCUUGUAUCAAUGAUUUAUAAUUCUAAUUUAUCUGGCUUUUAAUACAAUGGAAGGCUUUUGUUUUGACAAUCUUGUUGACUUUUUAAGACUUUCUAAUUCAUCACUUCAUGAUCGUCUAGAUCCUCUGUUCUAUCAUAAAUGAUAAAUAAUGUUUAGAAAUGGCAUAAUAAAUACCUCCAAAGCUGAA